CAGUACUAUGAUGUUCUUGUGGAUCCACUGAGCUGCUCUUAUCAAGAACCGGAUCUACAAAGUCCUCUCUAUGGACAGCAGCCGUUCAGCCCUGUUAAUAUGCAGUUCUCCAUGUACGGAGCGCCAAACGUUCAAGCAUGCAACCCGCCGUACCCCUACAGCCAUCAGUGCUCUGAGUACAUCUGUGAGCCCGAGAUAGAGGUCCAAAGCCCAACAAGAGGCAGCAUUAUUGGUUUUCCAGUGCUGAAAAGGCCCAGGAUGGGACAUGGAGCUCGGGUAAAAGGCCAGGAUGAGCUGUGUGUCGUGUGUGGAGAUAAAGCCUCGGGAUAUCACUACAAUGCCCUCACCUGUGAGGGAUGCAAAGGUUUCUUCAGACGCAGCGUGACUAAAAAAGCCAUAUACCGCUGCAAAAGUGGUGGAAGCUGCGAGAUGGACAUGUACAUGCGGAGAAAGUGUCAGGACUGCAGGCUACGCAAAUGCAGAGCCGUCGGGAUGCUGGCAGAGUGUCUGCUUACAGAAGUGCAAUGCCAGUCGAAGAGACUGAGGAAGGGCUACAAGAACAGAGGACGCAACGGGUCAACAGGAAGAGCUGAAGAUGACUACUCUGAAAACAGGAGCGUCUCGUCCACCAGCAGAUUCACCACACGGCAGGUUUCAUCGAGUUUCUCCAGAGAGCAGAGAUGCAUUCUCAAUAGAAUUGUUGAGGCUUAUCGUAGGUACAUAAUUCAAGACAACACACACUGCCCGGUGCCUUUGUGGUCAAGUUUAACAAAUACAGAUAUGAUUCCUCCUCAGAUGGAGAAGCUUUUGCAAUUUUUGAGGAGUGUACCUGGGUUUGAGCUUUUGGAUAGUUCUGACCAGAACACACUUCUGUCCAGCUCUUCAGUUGAAGUCAUGUUCCUACUCUUAGCACAGCAGUUCUCAGAGAACCCCUCUAGUGUUAGCACUGCUUUAUACCCAGCAAAUUCAAAUAACUCAAAUCCAGAUUGGGCAAAAACUUUAGAGUCCAAGAUUGGGAACAGCCACAGGAUUCUGACACACUCAGGGUUGAAUGAUGAGCUCUUGAGAUCUGUGGUAAAUUUCCUCCACAGUAUGGUGACUAUUGCGGUAACCGAGACUGAAUAUGCACUUCUAACGGCGACGGCAGUGUUGUGCUCAGACAGGCCAUCUCUUCGUGCGGUGGGCUGUGUUGAGAACUUACAGGAGUUUGUUUUGGAGCUCCUGUCCCGGGCUUGCUGCUGCUAUAGUCAGGGGACAGCACAGGACCCGCGACGCUUCGCCAGGCUCCUGGGACGACUGACGGAGCUGAGAACACUACGACACAACCACCUCACCCUUCUCCCACAGCAACCCUGGGACUCUCAGAAUCUCUCAGAAAGAGAGAUUUAUGACAUCUGAUCUCUGUUGCAAUACACUUUUUGCCCAAAACAAUAUCCCAGGUCAAUGUACUGUAGGUUACCCAUGAACAAACAUAAUUUAGUUUCAUAAAAAGUAAGCCUCAUGAUGUGAUGUUUUCUUAUAUACAUUAAAUAAAAAUUUGUUUUGCAUUGCA